AUGCGAAAAUCAACAAAGCAAAAGUCAAGAAUACGACAAUCAAGAUUGCGAGAAUGGAAAAUUCAAAAAUCAAGGAUACGCCAAUAUAAUUUUGUUAAUCGAUUCACUAAACUCUGUAAACUCAUCAAUGCUAUACAAUCUCAAGACAAAGAUUACAUAGAUAAUGUAACAAGCGAAAAUUUCAAUAUCAAUAGCAAUCAUUUAAUUCCUAUUCAUGAAGCAGCGCGAGUCGGGAAUUAUGAAAUAUUUCUAAAGCUGAUUAAAAUCGGUGCUGAUAUAAACAAACGGGAACCAAUAACUCAAAGGACAGUAUUACAUAGCGCAGCGGAAUCCUGCAAUUACGAUAUCGUCAAGUAUUUGAUAGAAAAUGGCGUAGAUGUUAACGCUGUGGUAGAAAAUUCUGGUUCCAUUACUGGAGAAACCGCAUUGCACUUUGCCGCCAAAACAGGAGGAAAAGAAGUCAUAACGUUAUUAUUGAGUAACAAUGCUGACAUUAAUGCUAAAUCUGAAAUAGGAAUCACUCCUAUUAUCAGUGCUGUUCGAGCUGACAACUACGAUGCCAUGAAUGCAUUAAUAAAAUAUAAGCCUGAUCUUUUUUGUUCAUUUAAAGAUUCCGGUUACACUAAAACAAUUUUUCAUGUAGCUGUUGAAACUAAGAACUAUACAGUGUUAUUAGACUGGCUAUUUUCAUUUUCUCAUUGGCUUGAUGUUAAUAAUAAUAAUUUUUGUUCGUUCUUUAAAUCUCAACUGCUACUUCAUUUCGCUCUCUCGAGUGACAAAUACGAUGAUAGUAUCUUUAUGUGUCUGCUUAACGUCGGUGUUGAUAUUAAUGCUCUAGAUUCUAACGAUAAAUUAGCUAUCGAGCAGGAACUCAAAUCAGAAAAUAAUUUUUUUCCUAUUCAUAUGAUUACAACGCACAUUUUAGAAUUGAUAGCAGCGGGUUUUUACGUAUGUGAUCGAAAUAUUACAGCUGUUAAUAAUAUCAGAGGAUUUGACGAUUUUUUAGCUGAGUGUCGUUUAGAAGUUAAGAAAAUGAAAACAAAUAUGAUAAACGGCAGUAAUAUCACAUUUAUAGAAGUUUUACAUAAAAAUGUAAGAUACGUGGCACCUUAUUUAAAGUCGGAUGAUUUAAAGACUAUACUCUUUGGUAAAAUUUCAAUUUCAUCAGAGUACCCAAUAUAUGGAAAUAAGAUCUUGUUUAAAUUGUGGGAAGUCAUGAAAAGAGUCGACUACAUAAAAGAUUCUGAAGAAGUCAUUUAUAAUAUUUUUUAUGAAUUACAACUUCCGGAUACUUUUAUCAGAGAAUUGUAUUACUACUUGUCAAAUUAUGAUUUAGACGAAAUCGUUCAAGCCUCUAGACAGAAAAAAAAAUAG